GCUGGUAAUUCCCUCUGUGGUUUGGCAGUGCCUGAAAUGCUGCUGGAAAUGGAGCAGGAAGAUGUUGACGUUCCCAGUAGGCGAGUUUUGAUCACUGGUGCUACGGGACUUCUUGGCAGAGCUGUAUUUAAAGAAUUCAAUGAAAAUAAUUGGAACGCAGUUGGUUGUGGAUACAGGAGAGCUCAGCCCAGAUUUGAACAGAUUAAUCUUCUGGACUCUAUUGCAGUUCAUGACAUUAUCCAUGAUUUUCAACCUCAUGUUAUAGUGCACUGUGCUGCUGAGAGAAGGCCAGAUGUUGUAGAAAGUCAACCUGACGCUGCUUCUCAGCUCAAUGUGGCUGCUUCAGCAAACUUAGCAAAAGAGGCAGCUGGAGUUGGAGCAUUUCUGAUCUACAUUAGUACAGACUAUGUAUUUGAUGGAACAAGCCCUCCAUAUAAAGAGACUGAUGUACCAAAUCCCCUGAAUUUAUAUGGUAAAACCAAACUGGAGGGUGAAAAGGCAGUUCUGGAAAACAAUGAAGAAACUGCAGUACUUAGGAUUCCUGUCUUGUAUGGAGAGGUGGAAAGACUGGAGGAAAGUGCUGUGACAGUAAUGUUUGAUAAAGUACAGUUCAGUAAUAAAUCUGCCAACAUGGACCACUGGCAACAGAGAUUUCCUACCAAUGUCAAGGAUGUAGCAGCUGUUUGCAGACAACUAGCAGAGAAGAGAAUGCUGGACCCAUCAAUAAAAGGUACCUUUCACUGGUCUGGCAAUGAACAGAUGACUAAGUAUGAGAUGGCCUGUGCAAUUGCAGAUGCUUUCAACCUUCCCAGCAGCCACUUGAGACCAAUUACUGAUAGUCCAGUUGUGGGUGCUCUUCGUCCGAAGAAUGCUCAGCUGGACUGCUCCAAGUUGGAGAUGCUGGGGAUAGGUCAGAGAACGCCAUUUCGAGCUGGGAUCAGAGAAUCACUUUGGCCUUUCCUUGUUGACAAGAGAUGGAGACAGACAGUCUUCCAUUAGUUUGUAACUUUUCUAGUAAAAGUAUGGUAUGUGGCACUUUUUUAAAAGAAAAAAUAGUUUUGUAUGAGUGUUCUUAAAUUGUGACAUUUAUGAGCUUUCAUUUAAUUGGGUAAAGAAAUGGUCUUGCACUAGUGAAACUUAGCCUAAAAAAAUGUUCAGUGACAAAAACUGAGCCUAUUUGAUGUCAUGGAUUUUUUCCUCCAUUUGUACCAGUCUAACUUAGUAUCUGUUCUUAGUAAUGAGUACUGAUUGGGUUUGAGGAUUGAGGUUCUUAGUAAUGAGUACUGUGUGAUGCUAAGAAUGACUCAGAUCACUUGCUGACUUACUUUUGGCUGAAAUAUAUUGUUGAUGCUUAAAGUCUGUGCCAUUGUUGUAUAUACCAUUUCUCUUCAUUAAAAGACAUGGUCAGUUACUUUAUCACCAAAAAUCUGAGGGUCUUUUUUUUAAAUUUCUGAAGGUGGUGUUCUUAGGAAGUUUAAGCUGAAGUAGGAAUCCUUAAAUGUUUGUUUUGCUUGAGCUCUGAUCAAAAUGUUUUUUAAAAAAGUGAAGCUUUAUUUUUGCAAUUACCAAGUGUACUUUUUAUGCUUGAAAUAUUUUCAGAAUGUCUGUAAAUUGAAUGCCUGCAGCUUUGUAUUUGUACAGUAAGUUGUAUGCAUUUGUUUUCAUGGUGACUUUUGGGGGAGGGUGAGGAUGGUGGGAAACCAUUAGUUUUGACCUGGGGUUUUUUUGGGUGGGGGAUUGGAGUUGAAGGAUUUUUUUUUUUUUUUAUUUUUUACUGGGUGGUUAUUUGUUUUUUGUAUGAAAACACAAAAUAUCUUCAUCCUUCCCUUCCCUUUGUAGGGACAGCAUUUGCAACUUGUUAAAUUAAUGGAAGAUGUUUGUUAGUCAGUACAUGGGAGAUGGAGAGGAAAGGUGUUUAAUAGUUUGUAGCACUGCAGCGGCUUUUGCACAGAUUGUCACACCUAACACCACUGCAGCUUCUUCUGGAACAGCAAGGUGUAUGUGGUGAAGGUUUGAGGCAUUAUAAAACUGUAACAGUCUAAUAUAAGACAGUCUUUAAAGCUAGACUCAAUUGCCAGGUCAUGUGGAGGAAGAACAUUGUAAAGCUUUGCUUCCUUUUGAAGUUGUUGAAUCAACAAUAUAAAUAUUCUGAUAUUGCUAGCAGAUUAUUAGUAAAGCUAGUAAAAGGUGCAAUUGGAUGAUCAUUUAUUUUUCUGAGGCUGAAAUGAAGGGGAAGGGAAAGAUGUUUAGAUUUAAUUUUUUUUUAAGUGUAUGGGGGAGACACACAAAAAUAGACCAAUUGAAGGUCUUGUAAAGGUCAGCUUCACAUUCAGUCAUUUCAUUUCAACUGGCCUAUGCUAAGCAUUCAUAAUCCCAAUUUGUUUUUAGUCUGAAGUCCUGAUACACACAUGGUAACCUAUCUCCAAAAUUACAAUAAAUAUAUAUUGCCAGCAUGAGAAACAGUCGUUGAUUCUUUCUUUACCAUCAGGAUUUUUUUAUCUGAAUCAUAACUGUUUGCAAUUCUUCUUGAAAUCUGUGUGCCCUUACAGUGUUGGGGGCUUUUCCCCUCUUUAAUUCAGUAAUUAUUUUCAGGCUUGGAUUAGAUUGGAUCAGUUUCUCUGUCAGUGUCACCGCCUUGGAGAUGUGAUAAAGGUAAACACAAAAGAUACAGAAGGUGUUGAACUAUGAGCCCUGAAACAUCUUGGGCCUCAGGGCUGGAUCAGGAAGAUUCUAUGUCCAUUCCCCUUGCAGAGGACAAUUUGGAAGGAAAAAAGGAUGACUUCUCUCCCAAAGAUAAAGGACCUAAGUGAGAUGAGUUGGGCAUUUUACUGGAAGGAUAAAAUUGAAAUAUUUGAACUUUUUUUCCCACACUGAGCAAGUAAGUCCUGCUGUCCAGUUAUAGCAUGUCAGAGGGGAUCCAUGUCCUCAGCAUCCCCCUUGGAGACUGCAGUCUUGAGGCAUUUUGCUACUGGACAGACACUUUGGAUGACAUUUCCCUCCUCUGGUUAUAGAAAUCUAAGACAGCACCAAUAAAUAUUGUAAGAGGCAGUGAAACUAACACUGUCAUUUUCCAAUCACUUUAAAGAUACGUUGCUAUUGACAGAACUUGUCAUACUCUUUCCUUUUUGUCUCUGGCUUUGUUUCUGACUGUGUGACACUGGAAGUGUUUGUGUGCAUCCACAAGGGCCAGAAACUUUUAAGGGUCAAAAUAAUUUUGAUUGCAUGAGACAGUCUUGGCAUUGGGAGGAAGGAGUGGCCUCUUUUUACAGCAGCUGUGCCAAUUUCUGCCAGGUUAGAGAUUGUGGAAGUAUGGCAAUACACAGUCCUCGAGUCCCCAUUCAAGGGUUGUUGGAGGUUUAUAUUCAUUUAUUCAUUGCUGUCUGUCAGCAGUGGGCAUAAAGAAAGAAAAGUCACUGGUUUUAAAGUCUCAUUUUCUGUUUCAGGCUGCAACAAUGCUGUAGAAGCCCAGCAGAGAAGGGGCUGAUGUGUGUCUCAAACACUGAUAGCUGGAUGGCUGCGGAGCAGGCCAAGGACUGUUGGUGUCUGGUGAAGAGGCCAUACAGGGGUUGGGCAGCACUCUUCUGGGACAAACAUCCUUGUUCUGGCUGCUGAACAUAAGCACAAUACAUACAGCACAAGCAUGGGAAUGUGGUCCAGAAGUGCUUACAUUUUUUAAAAAGACCCCAAAGCUCUCUGACCUAUUUCUUGGUUUAGAAGAAGGGACUUCAGGAUAACUAAUUUGCAUAGAAAGUGAUAAACUUCUCUCUGGGGCAGGGAAAACUUACCUAGGGAAAAGUACCCUGACCAAGCCCAGGACCCUGGGCACCCCAGCAGCUGGAUUAGCACUGGAGCCAGGACUGGUGAUCUCUUUCUCUCCCUUUUUUCUUCUUUCCCUCUCUUUAAUUAAUCUCUUCCUCUCUCUCUCUUCCCUUUCGCCCUUCUCCUUUAUUUAAAACCCCCUGCCAUGUUUAUGCUUAUGUAGGAGGUCAGGGACUAACUGGUAUCAAAUUCCAUGCCAAGUGUGUAAUUCACUAAUAAAACUUUGUAAGCUUUUGUAGA